AUGUUUGAAAGGUUUCUAACCGAAGCACUUACGAACCAUUUCGGACACUUGAUUGCCAAUUUGGACGCCGAUAAUAUUCGGGUGUCGGCUUGGAAUGGCGAACUUGUCCUGAAGGAUCUGAAGUUGCGUCCGGAUGCUUUGGAACGCAUCCUUGGUGGUGAUGCGAAAAAGAAGUCCUGUCCCUUUGAAAUUUGUUACGGACAUGUUGGCCAUCUCGAAUUGCGCAUACCGUGGAAACUCGUACGCUCUAAAAUGUGGAGGUCACCAAGGUCCACGAGUCCACAAAAGGCGCGGCAACAGGAAGGUGCAAAGUGCACGGUGGUGCUCACCGAUGUAAACAUACUGGUUAUACCAAGGCGCGAACGAUCCACGGCCGCUGCGGAAUCGACAGAGUCAAACGAUCAACCUAUAAAUAGUAGUGGAGGAGAGGAAGACAAAAAAGUAUUCCAAGAAGAUAUUGCGAUUCCUGUAGCAGAUAAAGAGUCGGAAUCCGCUGUCGAGAUGGAGCGGCAGUGGGCCGAAAAGGAAAAGCAAGUCCAAUCCAGGCUCGAUGCUGAGUUACUACGUCGUGUCACAGAGUCGUCUCGCUCUCCAUCUUUGUCGUCGUCUCGUUCUUGGCAAUGGAUCCAGGAUCGCUUGGCUGGAAUUUUGUCCAACUUGUCAGUGACGGUACGAAACAUUCACGUACGGUACGAAGAUCCGGGCACGAGUAUGGGAUUCGUAUGGCGAAUUCCAGCGUCGUCAUUCUCUUCCAAUGAAAACACUGAAAGGAAAACAAUGGCACAGCUUGGGCCACGACGGUACCGACCGCCAAUGGCGAUUGGAGUCACGCUUGAAGAAUUUUCGAUUCAGGCUCUAAAAGCAGCUCAGCCGCAAACCGAUUCGACAGAACCAUCCACAACUAGGCUAAACAUCGAUUUGAGUGACACGAAAGAGUCGGCGCACGCCAGUAUCUUUCGUCGCAAAACUGCAGCGGCACAGCGAGUCGCAAUAUACUGGGACAGCGAUUGUCGCAUCAUAUCGGCACUGGAAGGGACUGAAGGAUACAACGCCCCAGAAUGCAACAGUGGCGACCACGAGACAUGUUUCUAUAUGGCAGCAUUCAAGACUUUGAACGAAUUUACAGUUAGUGCACCGCACGGUCGUCAACGUGGAGAGAGUCGAUCUCAGUUCUCAAAUCGCCACUCGUACAUUCUGGAUCCCUUUUCGCCUUCAAUAGAAUUUGCUGUUGUCGAUCAAACGCAAUUUGAUGAAACACCGCGUAAUGGAUUUCUUCGGUCUAGUGACACAACCAUAUCCCCCGUAGUGCCACUAGCACCCAAUACAAUGAGAGCUGUUCUCCCUCCGUGUCAUAUAACCUUUGCGAGAACCCAUUUGGAGGACUUGGGCUAUCUUAGAAAGUCUUGGUCGAUUUGGAUAGAAAUGCAACGCUCCUCUCUCUCAGAGACAACGAUCCUCCGACUUACUCGACUGCGUCCCCAGCAAAGUGCUUUACAGGAUCCUCGGGGGUGGUGGAAAUACUCGUAUGAAGCUGUGCGUGCUCUGCGCAGCAACCACUCCGAGGGAGUGACCAGUCGAAGAAGACAUCGAUGCAAUAUUUGGCUACGUGCUGCCAGAGCAGCAGUACAUCGCCGUCGGUACGCCGAUCUGUAUAUUGCGUUGUUAUCUCAGGUAGCAGCGUCAGAGCGUUUACGGCUUCACUCGUCUCUUUUAGAAAUGGAAAGGGAGCUUUCUGUCGAGGAGCUCGUAGCGUUUCGGAUCUAUGCUUGGACACGUUACGAAAAGGGAAAGCCCAUGUUUGAAUUGUCCGACAGUAUGAAGGAAGCAGCGAAGGACGACGAAGUUGAUGGGUUUGUAGAUAAGGAAUCUGCAGAAGCUUGCCUUUCUUUGGAACACAGGUAUAGUAUGUUCCAGGAAAUGAGUAGGGCUUUAAGGCGUGUUGAAGCAAAUCAGGCACUAGAUUCCACUGCCUCGGAAUCAAAGUUGGAUAUGCCAUCCGGAAUGGGAGAAACGACGGCAGUCAUGAGCUGGACGACAUCACUUGAUUGCGCUGAGCUGUCUUUGCAAGUCAAUGACGGAUGCGCUCAUCGUUCCAGAAAUCGUUUGCGGCCUGUACCUGUAGUUCGGCUAUCCAGCUCGUUUUCUCAAAAGCAAAACCUGUUCCGUGACGGCUCUUGGUAUGUUUGUACAAAAGUUGGAAGGCUGAGGAUAAGGGACUGUACAUCAUUUCAAGACGAGAAAAUGUACGUUCGCCAAUUUCCAUAUUUGGUGGGGCCUAGGCACGGCAAUCAAGACGGGGCCGAUUGCCUUGAGGUACGGCUGAACCGCAAUAUGAGGUGGGUUGACGGAGUGCAGCGUGGUUAUUCAACGGUGUGUAAGAUUCGAGUGGAACCUUUAGACGUCGUAUACUCGACCUCCCCGGUGGAAGCUUUGAGUAGAAUUUUGAAUACUGCAAAUUUUGAGCUUUCUGACGACUAUUACCGCGUUGGUAGUAGAUUGCAUCAGUGGAGAGACAGGCAGAAACACCGAUUGCUUGCUGCACUUGCACACAAGGAAAAAACAAUCCACAUUGACGUAAAUAUUGCAGCUCCCAGGAUCCUCUUGCCUGAGCGGAAUCGACAAAAGAGUCGUUUACUUAUUGUUGACCUUGGUAAAUUGCUCUUCUUCAACACAGCGGCUUCGUCGCAGGAGGCCUCAGAAUGGAGUUUAAAUCUACGGAGUAUUCAAGUUCAAGGUUCCUACGUAAACUCAUUCAGGUCUCUUGCUGAAGCAAAUUCGCAAAGUUCGUCGACUCAGCAGAUUGUCGAACCUUUUUCUCUAAAUUUCAGUAUAUCGACAGAGUUUGGAAGUGAACCAGACGGUCUUCUACAGCGAAGCUCGGUAUCUGUCCAUGCAACGCUCCCUCGACUAGUAUUCAACCUAUCAUCUUCUGCUGUGCAUCUUUUCAUUAAGUUGCAGCAGCAGUGGAAAGAUCGUAAACUGGAGCUGCAACGCCAACCCGUACUUCCCUCGAUCGUCGGUGGACUGCGUAAUGAAUUUCAUGCGCUUGAAAAUAGCACUAUGCAGGAUAGAUCCCAUGAGUCCAAUCGAGUUUUAGAAUUCAGCUUCGUUGCUCCGCUUCUUCGUCUACGAUUCCUGAAUGAUACUGAUGUUUCGUGUGCAAGAGCCAAAACACCAAUUCAAUUGGUGGAUUUGGCUCUUCGUGGAAUCGAAGGUCGUAUUCAGAGCAAGGUCACUGUCAACGCAGAGCCCACUUUGCGGUGGACAGCCAAGAUGCAGUCUCUUGACACAACUGACCUGUUCCAGACGGCAGGAGCUCAAUUUUCGUUUUUGCUCUCAUCGUUCCCGCCUGAUAUUCGGUUCACCAGAGGAGGAAAGAGUGAGAGUACAUUGUCGGCCGCCGAUCUAGUAUCGUUUGAGUAUCGUUCACAGGUACGAUUGGACCAUUCCAAUUCUUCCGAGUGUCCGAGGGACUCGCUUUCUGUUGUUUUCAAUGAGUUGUAUAUUGAAUGGAACCCUGAAACUCUUGCAGAAAUUCAGCGCUCGAUUAAAGUAUCCGGCGAACGUGAGGACGAAAUCACCGAGGAAAGCUGCAGUUCACAAGAGGAUGCAUUUUUCGACGCUGAAGAAGACGAUUUUUUUGACGCGGACGCCUCUGUCUCUGAAAGCGAAUCUAGCUACGUCAUUUCCGAAAUCGCCUCGUCGCGCCAGUCCAGCUUUUCGGAACCUUUGAAUUAUGAGUUGGAACGCUCGCAAUUCGUUUCUCCUCUUAGGACAGCCAUGCCGCGCUUUCUCGAGAGUUCUUUCGGGGAUUGGGCUUCUGCUUGGUCUUCAAAGAUGGAAAGAAGCUCAGAUUGUUUCCAUCUGAAGAAGAAAAAGCUCUUUGAAGUUCGCUUCAGCUUGUCAAAGCUUCGGGUUAGCUUCAAUAAAGAGGUUAGACAUCGCAGAGUUUUCAUUGCAGAGAUGGACGGAACCGAGUGUCGCUUCGUCACACGUGAAUCCGGAGGUUCUGUGACACAAGUAACAAUCGGAAACCUGAUAUUCACCGAUCCAUCUAGCGCGGACAAUUCCACGCUGUACCGUGAAAUUUUGGGUCUCAAAACUGAUGUCUCAUCUCCAGUCCAUGGUCCUUCGUCCCUGCUUGAGCUCGAACUUGCCUUUAAUCCGAGAUCCAGGCAAUACGUGUUGGACGACCUCAAUCUAUCCCUUGAAAAAUCAUAUAGGGGUCCUGUGAUCAUCGACUCUUCUAAGGGAUUGCAACGAGGCUGUGAUCUGGCAGUUCGGGCACGAUUGAGCCCCAUGAGAUUUGUAUAUCUUCAGCAACUUUGGUUUGAAAUCAUUGAUUAUUUCUUCGAGGGCAUCGUUGGCUACGAGGUUUGGGGAAGUACCCGACCACUACCAGUCAGCGCUUUAGCAGUGGAACCAGUUAUUCAGACGGCAGAUGUGAUGUCUUUCACAUCAUUGAAUGUUGAGCUUCUCUCUCCUGUUGUAUUGAUCCCAGUCACGUACUGCUCGACAGAUUAUCUUCGUUUCGAUUUUGAUGCUAUUCGAAUCGCGAACAGAUACUCUUUUUCCCACAUGCGCCAUAAUAUUACUGGAGUGGAGGCUACUGACUCUCACAGUCAGUGGUUCAACAAUUGCACUAUCCGGAUGGAGAAUCUGAAGCUCCAGAGCUGGUCUGGAGCGGACCUGAGUAAUCUCCAUGAGUCGGCUAAAGCAUCAGUUGAGAUUGUAGUUAAUUGGCCUGUGGGGCCAACCGCGCCACUCAACACACCAAAAUGGAAAGUGGACUGCAAUUUGGACAGCGAGAUUUGCCUUUCCUUGGGAAAGGACGACUUUUCUGUGCUUCAAAAUUUGUUGUCAUAUAAUGUCGGAGAGCAAUCUCGUCAUCUUGACGAAUGGGAAGCCCUUCAACGAACCCCAAGGCUAGCUUUAACGGGGUUCAACAGGUCUGUCCUUGUUCAUUUCGCCUACGACAAGAAAGAUGGAACUCCAACAACAUUUGAAGUUGAAAUCAACACCCCCGGAAUCAAGAUGAUCAUAAGCGAUGAUACAUCUCGCGAAAUCGCAACUGUGAGAGCGUCCUCUAUCUGUUGGUCGUACAGGAAGAUGCCAGACAGCAUAACUCGGCAACGAAUAUCCUGUUCCCUCACUAUUUUUGGUAUGGUUGCGGGAUAUGAGACUCCUAUGCUGUCUGCCCGACUUCACAAGGCUGAACCUGAAGAGGAGCUCGCUUCCUUGAUUUACUCUUCAACGUCGUUUCCGGGUGGAAACAACGAAAAGGUACUACAGAUUGCAAAGCCUUGUAUUUUCCUUCGCUAUCGUGAAUGGCGAGAAUUCGGAGCAUUUUUUCAAGGCCUUAAGACGCCAACCUUCUUGUCUCCCGAUCAAGGUAUACAGGUCGGUGAUCGCUGGUACAAGAUUGGAGAGCAGUCGCCAUUUAGCCCAGUGACGCGUGCGCACCCCCAAGUUUUUCAGUGGGCGCCACGGUCCGAAGUGGAAUUGGAAGUGGAACGAGAGCCCUCGCCAAGUCCUGUUUUUUCCUUUCGGUUCCUUUUGGAAAGUCCCUCCCUUGCGAUAGGAUCUACAGAGUCGCUAGUCCUUGCGAUGAGAAGUAUUGACUUUUCCCAUCUAGGAGAGGAAGGGAAAAUAAAACGAGAAUUGUGUUUCGAUGAGAUCGAAUUGACUACGUCGAAUAGCAAGACGGCUAGUUUGGGUGGCUACUCGUUGAUUCGUCCAUGGCGCAUUAACGCCAGCUCGGUUGGCUGCAACGGAAAAGAAAUUUGCAAUUGCAACACCCACGAGUUCAUCAUCACUGCAGAUGUUCUGAGGGCUGAGGCGGCCUUUUCUGAAAUGCUUACAGCAAGUGAUGUUUGUUUGAGGCUUCAACAAGAUAUUGUCAAUUAUUCUGUCCCACAGUCUCAUGCGUCAUCACUUGGUGUACAAGAACUCAAGUCAGAAGGCCAAUUGAGGGGGCUUCCCAGGGAAGGAGGCAUUACGUGGGAGGUUGAGUGGAAGGGAUUGACCCUCGUUGUGAUCGACGACACAGGAAGGCACUUUGCAAACACGCAAGAGCUUGUAUCCCUUUCUUUGUCUCACCUUACUUGGUGCAGGUGUGAUAGAAAGGCGCUUGAAAGGUACUGUAAAGUGGAGGACAUCGUUCGAUUAGGUGGUCUCGACCUCGUUGAUUGCCUCCAGUCGACAGAUUCACCUUUCAGGUCGCUUGCUCGCCUAUGCGCUCCAACGCGUGGGCAACAACUUUCGGACAAAUCCUCUACAAGUAUGAAAGUUGUAUCUGGACUUUCUGAUGGUGAGCAGCGCCGAGCUGAUUUGAUGUUCGAUGAUGUUGAAGAUAGUAGUUUGCCAGCCCUCGAGCUCAAAUGUGUGCAGCUUGGAAAGAGCCGUGAAUACUCUGUCGCCGUCGAUUCAGUACUAGUCCAGUACAACCCGUCAAUCAUUAUUGCUCUUCAGCGAUUCUUAGGACGUUUCACGAAAGAAGUCAGUGCGAGAACAGGCAUGGUUAUCGACGAAGCUUACUCUGAAAGCGACGCUAUCGAGACUGCCACUGAGUCAGGCAAAGAUCAGUGGGACUCCCUGCAAGCAUCAAUAAAUUUCCGGAAUCUGUCUGUUACGUUAAACAAAGAGCACCAAGGUCGUAGUCUUGCCCGGUUCGUUGUCCAAACAGGGCGUCUUGACAUUAAAGAGACGAGCCAGAGGACUGAAAUGAGUGGUAGAGUCAGCAAAUUGACAGUCGCCGACGUGGAUGAAUCGAGUCUGAACCGCGAUUCGAUCUGUGAGGAAAACAGAAGGUUUCUGAGGACUUGCCACAAUCGAGACUUUAUUGUAUUCCGUUUUCGAACAUUUUCAAGUCGACAGCUUCUGGAGACAACUGGAAAGUCAGAGAUUCCAGGGUGGGUCCAAUCCCAGCUGGACCGCGACACUCACAUUGAUGACUUUCUUGAAGUAGAAGUCGCCAGCAUUGAGAUUGUAUAUCUAUCGGAAAGGUCAGAAGAGCUUCUUGACUAUGUAACCAAUGGACUCCCAGGUAAAGGUAUGGGAUUUACAACACGAGCGGCAAAAGGGUUUGUCGAGAAGAGAAUCGCCAAACGCAGCUUCUUUCAAUUGCAAGUGGAAUCACCAAUCAUUGCGAUACCCAAAAGUCCGAGGGAGAGGGAAGGAGUUCAAUUUGGCGGCGAUUUAAGGCUACAGAGUUGGGUUGAAUCAGAUCGAUCAGUCCGGCGUUCUUCACUUUCUAUUGAAGACUUUUCUCUAUUGAGCUACGACGAGCGUCGACUUGAGGAGAAUAUUCAAAUUUUUUCACCUUUUGAUCUCACCGCCCAUGUGGAAAGAAGUCCUAAUUCGAUAAAUGUAUUGGUCGAUAUGUCAAGUGUAUCUGUGCGACUCUCCUAUACUGAUUUUUCCCUGAUCGCUCUUGUCCUUCGCCUCAAUAUCAACCGACGUCCCGAUAAGAAGAGAUGGGAUAAUCUUGAGGUCGCAUGGGAGAAAGAGGUAGUUGAUGACCGUUCUCGGCAUUUUUCGAGAGAAGUUGCUUACAGCACGCACGCUCGUCGCGUCAGAUAUGGUGUUGUUAGGGGAUCGAGUAGUACUAUGGGACAGCAGUCAAGGGUAAAGGUUCGGUUAGCUGUUGGCUCGCUUGCUUGUAUCUUGCAUCGCAAUGAUUUUUUCAAUGGAGAAUCGACGAAUUUCAGCUACGACCUCGCAGUGAUGACCUUGAUUGGCCUUGAGAUUGCCACCACCAGCUGCGGCGACGACCACCAUACAUCUGCGUCAAUAAAAAGUUUUGAUCUUCGUGAUUUAGGGGAUGCCGGUCGGCGAGCGCGAGAAGUCAUGGAGGGGACAAUUCGAGCGCCUUCUUUGCAUUCGACGAUCGUCAAGGGCUACCACAGCGCUAACGUCAAGGAAGAGUCAGCAACACAAAUUGUCGUCUCAAUCGAUAAAAAGAAGCAUGACGCGAACUCAACAGGCGACUGCUCGAUGGAGACAAUUGUCAGUAUUGUAGUAAAUUUCCUGAGUAUUACUGCCCUUUCCCGCCCAUUGCGAGAACUAGGAGAGUUUUUUGGCUGCGCUUGGCCGUUGUCGGGUGGCGUGAACACAGCAUCACUACUGGGCCAAGAUAGAGUAUGUCAGGAGGAAGAUGAUCAUCAACCACCUAGUCGAGGCUCUUUGGACCUCUCAGCAAGACUUGUUCUGUACUAUCCCCGAGUUGUUUUUAUUUCGGACGAAUCUGUGACUUCGUCGAAAGCCUUGGUUCUCAGCGGACUUGCAAUCGUAAAUGGAAUUGUAAAAAAGAAAUCUACAACGAGCGAAGUAAAUCCGGAAAAUUCUUUGAAAGAAGAUCUUAAGGUCAUCAAUGCUGAUCUUCAAAAUUUAUCUAGUCACAUAUACGCCAGCGUGAAAGAUGCUUUCGAUGGGCAUACUCUGGUGGCGUCGGGAGUGCCCUUAAUUCUCCCGUUGACUCUCGGAGUGGAUGUCGAGGAAAUAAGAUCACGCGACACCAUAAAACGAAACUACGGAGUUAGCGUCGAAAAAGUUGCUGUUGUCGUUGGUGCUGAAGAUCUCAAUUUCGUCUUGGGACUAUGGCGCGAAUGGCCAGAAAGACAGGUUUCCUUACUGGAUGACAUUCCAGGACAUUGCUAUUCGGUCUAUUUUCACGAAGAACUACUGGGAUUAGGUUUACGCAAAGAUUCCGGUCAAAUUAUAGUCGAAUCAGCAGGUGACUCCCGUGUUUCCAUUGGAGAUUCUCUUUUCGCCGUGAAUGACAGAAUACUGACAGACAGCGACAAACGAUCGCUUUCUAACGUGGUUUGUCGCCUUCGGGCGGAGCCGCGUCCCCUAAAGAUGUCUUUUGUUGGGCAAAAUGAAGUAAAAAGUGGAGAACCCUGUAUCGACGGUUCCAUCUGUGGUGUUACGGAAACUGCGGUAAACGUAUCAAUUUCUGUGGCAACAUUCACCUUGAUUGAUAUAAAGACUCCAUUGUUCCGAGGCGAACUUUCUAGCAUGAGAAAUCAGUUUGGUCGACUUCGAGAAAGUGGCCUGGUUCAGGAUUCUCUUUUAGUUUCUUUUGCUCUAGGUCUCGAUUUCUUCAACACGAGAAACCGAGAGUGGGAGCCUGUUCUGGAACCUUGCCUCCUCUCUGCAUCGCUCGAGGUUGCCGAUACUCGAGGGACAUCGAGCAGCAAGGAGAUGACGAUUGAGUUCGGCGACAAGGUCACUGGUCCGAUUUUAGUCAACGUAUCCGAUGCCAGUGUUGCCAUAUUCCAACGUGCUGUAAAAAGACUUUUUGGGGGACGAUAUAAUGGCGGUCAAGAUGAGGUGCGGGAUGAAGGCUAUUUUACGAAAGCGGCAUUUGAUUUUGCGCUCCGGCAAAAAAGCGGCACUGAUGGCUGUUCUUUGGAAGAUGGCGCAAAUCGCUGCCCCACAGAUCAACUUGAAGAAGUAUUUCCCAAUACGCUUACAAUGAGGAAUUUACUGCCAGUUCCAAUCGGCUGGAGUAUAAAUGUUCUAAAGAGCGGAGACUCUACAAUAAGAAAUGGUGAACUCGGUGAAGACAAUACUCUCGCUUCUGGAGAAAACGUUGUGAUUGAGACUAUGGACGGUAACGUCGCUGAAGUUCGUUUUCGCUACUUUAAUUGGUCGCCGUGGUAUCGUUUGUCUCUUUCGAAAUAUUCGACGCCAGAAACAUCCCCGGUGCUCAUUAAAACAUUGCUUGGGCCUCCUAUAGUAUUUCAUCUAAGGACGGUGUCCAAUGCAGCGAAUUGCUUGGAGCUGACCGUCUAUGCUGAGCUGUGGCUUUUGAACACGACCAGCCUCAACAUUAGCUUCGGGGCAUCAAGAGAGCAGUUGAUCGGUUCUUCUUGCAAGAACGAAGAAAAUUCGAGCAAGCCCGAAUCGACCGCUUCAACAGCGGCGGAGGCCGCUCUAAAGGAAAUAAGCUCCCUGUUCGAAGGUGGAGAUGAUGGGAUUGAAGCGCAUUCUUACUCUGAGACUUCGCUCGAUAUUAUGCCUAUGUCAUCGCAGUUCGGCUCCUCCUUGACAGAGGAAACGUUCGAAUACAUCGAAGUACACGAGUCCUUGGUCGUACGACAAUGGUGGGCAGGGGAAGAAGCUGAAUCUCUCCGAUACGACAUCACUUCGAAAACUGGCGAUGGUGAAGAUUGGCAAUGGAUUGACGACACGUGGAUUGUAGACAAAAGUGGGAAAAGCGUGCAGGGAUGGGAGACAAGCCCCAAUCUCUUCGGCUUUUGUCGGACCUUUAAUCCAGCGCAUCGGUUUCGGAGACGGCGCUGGCUACGACAACGUCGUACUGCACAGCAGUUUGUGAACGCAUUUCACCAACCUCGAACACUUUUGGAUAGCUAUUCAGACACUCAGAAUCGAAACGAGAUGUCGAAGAUAAAAGUGGCUUUCAGGGCCGACGGUGGGCAGUGGAGUCUCUCCUCCAGCAUUCCGCGGGAUGGAACGGUGUACGGUGCAGUUCGAGUGCCAUCAACGAGAUGGCCACACAUUUCAAAUAGUGAUACGACGUCAACGUAUGAGCUAUGCUAUACCGUUUCGCCUCUUGAUGGCCCCUGGGGAGUUGUGUCGAGGGUUUUAGUUGUUACCUCUCGAUUUUUGGUGCGGAACCUGUCAAAGCGAAUGACAUUCCAAAUAAAACAGAGCGGUGUUUCUGACUCGAAAGCGGCGGUCCUAUGCAUUGGCCCGGGUGAGACGCACCCAUUCCAUUGGGCCUCCUUGCAUUUACCAGAGUUAAUCAGUAUUAGACCCGCGGCGAAAGAUGAGACUCUUUCGACCUACAGAUGGAGCGGCGGAUUUGACCCUGUUACAAUCGGGGCAGUCCCCAUCCGGGUUCGGUUGAAAGAUGGCUGCAGAGAAGAGCAGCAUGUAUCGUCUAUUCAGCUCGAAGUCGAAAUUAGACCUAAAUCAGGUGGGACCGGAAUAAAUUUGUCUCUCACGGAAGAAGAUGUAGAAGCAGGUCGGUCACUCUUUCGUAUAGAGAAUCAUUCCCCUUUUCCGAUUUGGUUGUCGCAAGAUGGAAUCAUAGCUCAAGGUGGCAACAAUGACGAGACAAAGGAAGGAGAUCUUCUCCGCCCAUCUGACCUCAUGUCAUUUGCCUUGGACGUCCCUUUUCGUCAAGGGAAGUACCACAACAGUCGAGCUGUCACCAUGGAUGAGUUGUUUCGAGUUCGUCUCGGACUAGCUCCACUGUCUACACGAGACGGAAUUGAAACAACAAAGGUAGUUCCCUUUACAAUCUAUGGAGCAGCUGUUCGAUUGAAUCCAUCCAAGCUCCUCAGUCUUACGUCUUCACUCCGAAACGCAAUGCAACAAGCAAGAGUUUUGGGUUUUGUGAGCAACGAUGGACCUACCCGGGUUCUCCGAUUCAUGCUAAUUCAAGUACCAAGAAAUGUUUUUGCUAAUCCGUUCGGGGAUGAUAUGCCUUCACCUGUCUCAAAGCUUGUUCAGACGUCGACCAGUAGAUUUGCCAGAGAGAUUUUAGGUGGUGCGAUGGAAGCGGAUUUACUGUUGAAAGAAAAUAAGUCCCCGACUGAAGCGGAGGCUGCUGCUGCUUCCAGCGUUUUCGAAUCAGACUCUGAGACAAGACCCUCUGGGAAUGACAAUCUGUCAAAUUUUACUCCAAGGCUAGCAACUGUAUCGUUCAGACUUUCUUUUAGUGGAUUUGUCGUCAGUCUGAUUGAUUCUGCCCCGACCGAGAUUGCCGUAGCGACUUUUAAGAAUUUGAAUGCUUUAGCGACAUGGAACACGCAACGCACGACGGACUCAACGAUUUACGUUACAGUUGAAGAUUUUCAGGUCGAUAACAUGAUUCCUAACGCCCCGUAUCCAAUAGCGAUUGGCCGCGACGAGUGGAAGCAAGAGGCGAAAUCCUCGAUUACCAAGCCGAAAACUCCUUUACUGGUGAUUGGGCUUUCGUUCGCUCCCCGUCACAAAUCCGAGAUCAUUUGUCUUAAGUCAGUGACAAUUGCCCCGCACAACAUUGCCGUUCAAGUUGAUCUUGCCUUUCUGGUUCGCCUACAGAAAUAUGCUCUCGAUUUGAAGGCCCACUUUCAACACCAAAAACAAAGUACUGACACGAAAUUUGAUUUGCCCGACUUGGCAAAACUUGUGCAAGAGGCCGAAUUGACUUCCAUGGGUGGUGGUGGGAGGCAAAAGUUCUAUUUUGGUGGUCUGACAAUCUUGCCUUGCAACAUUCGCUUUUCCGUUGCCCCAGCCCGUGCUUUGACCUCAGCACAAGCUGCAGUGGAAGGAGAGGAGGCUGCCGCGAUUCACCAAGCUGUUCGAAAAGGAGAUGUUCGUCUCGGAAAUAGUGAUGGUUUACUGGGUGUCAAAAUUGGUAGUCGCAACGCAACUCCGCUGGCGGUCGUGCGCGGUGUGUUCAAGAGUAUCGUCGUAGACGCAUUGCUUCGUUUGGAUGGGGCGUCGUUGAACUUAGCAGGAGUAUGCCUCCGUAACCAUGUUUCGACGUCAUCUCAGCUGUCGACCCAUUUGGGCGCCCAUUACCUGGCAUCUCUGCGGCAAAAUGUACCCGCUCUCCUUGCCUCAAUGGCUGCUUUUGGCAACCCACUAGGCUUGGCGCGUAGUCUCGGCGAUGGCGUUAGCGAUUUUGUGCUGGAGCCCGUCAAGGGGUUUCAACGAAGCGUACAAGAAAUGGACGCAACCUAUCUUAUGGACGGAGUCGCGCGUGGAACUGUCUCAUUGGCUCGGCAUACGUUUAGCGGUAUUGCUGAUUCUGCCGCUUCCAUUACGGAGACCUUUUCAAAAAACAUGACCGUCUUGACGUUGGACCGACGGUACGCCCAGAAACGGGACCGUGGAGAAAAUUUGCGGCACCAGACCGACAUCAAUGUCGCCCUUGGGCUCGGUAGUGGUGUACAAAAGCUCGCCUUGGGCUUUGUGGAAGGCGUGACGGGGGUGGUACAGGCUCCUAUGCGUGGGGCGGAGAAACGCGGUUUCGAGGGCUUUGCCAAGGGUAUUGGCAAAGGAUUACUGGGUUUGUUGGUGAAACCUGUGAUUGGACUAUCGGAUGGUAUCACGGACGUCAUGAUUGGUGUGAAGGGAAGCAUGGAAGGGGCCGGCGGGCCGCACAACGUACCGCUCCAACUCCAAAUUCGCCCUCGGCGCGCUUUUGUCGGCUCCAAACGGGUGAUGAAAUCAUAUAGCCCAGCCGACGCUGCGGCUCAGGCACUCAUGGAACGCACGCGAUUGGCAGGGGAAUUUUACUUUGGACACGUAGACCUGGGGGAUCGUGUAGCGCUGUUGAGCGUACGACAACUGCUCUUGCUUGGUCCGAGCGGCGAAGAGAUGCUCUUACUAAAAUUCAAGCACAUUGCUAGUCUCGAGUUCCGACAAAUCCGAUCAGCACAGGGGGACGAAGGUUGGGGUAUAAUUGUGAUGUUGAACACGCCACGACGCAAUCUAGCGGACGUUGAAGUGAUCACGUGCCGAGAAGAAGGUCCAGCAGUGGAAUUGCGAAAGUUAAUAGAGCAGGCCAUGGCACAAGGUGCUUUCUUGCCGGCCAUUAAGAAAUCAUCGUAACGCACCGGAAGCUUUGGAUGCUGCCGAAUUGCAUUGCGUGAAUUUUUCGGGUACCAAUUACUGCCUCGAGUGAAUAACAAAAUUUAGAAAGGAGUGUUGGGAUAG